AGCAGCCAGCUCUCACCUACCCAAGGAGAGAAGAUCGCUCCAAGACAGUGAAAUCUUCCCUGCUAUCUCAGUGCAAAGUCCAUCCUGCGACCUCACAGGAGUAACCCGGCCUUAACUUUUUGCGCUUGUUUUGCUAUAAUUUUCCUCCGUUCACCUUCCCAUCCCCGUGACACUUUUUACUGGGGUCUUUUGUUUUCUGGACCCUCCGCCUCUCCCUCUGGCCCUCCAUGGCUCCCUUAGCCGAAGUCGGGGGCUUCCUGGGCGGCCUGGAGGGCUUGGGCCAGCAGGUGGGCUCGCACUUCCUGCUGCCUCCUGCCGGGGAGAGGCCGCCUCUGCUGGGCGAGCGCCGGGGCGCGGCGGAGCGGGGCGCCCGCGGCGGGCCUGGGACUGCGGAGCUGGCGCACCUGCACGGCAUCCUGCGCCGCCGGCAGCUCUACUGCCGCACCGGCUUCCACCUGCAGAUCCUGCCCGACGGCAGCGUGCAGGGCACCCGGCAGGACCACAGCCUCUUCGGUAUCCUGGAAUUCAUCAGCGUGGCAGUAGGACUGGUCAGUAUUAGAGGUGUGGACAGUGGUCUUUACCUUGGAAUGAAUGACAAAGGAGAACUCUAUGGAUCGGAGAAACUGACUUCUGAAUGCAUCUUCAGGGAGCAAUUUGAAGAGAACUGGUAUAAUACAUACUCAUCCAACAUAUAUAAACACGGAGACACUGGCCGCAGGUAUUUUGUGGCGCUUAACAAAGACGGAACCCCGAGAGAUGGUGCCAGGUCCAAAAGACAUCAGAAAUUCACACACUUCCUGCCUAGACCAGUGGAUCCAGAAAGAGUUCCUGAAUUGUACAAGGACAUACUGAUGCAAAGUUGAAGUGUCAUGUCUUUACUGAAGAAGGAAACUGCAACCGUCACACUUCCCGUCAUAAAAUAAUAACCCAGGAAGACACGCAGGAUGUUACAGUCUAUUUUCCACUGGGAGACUGAAUUUGGAAAGACUAUUGAGAACAAACCAAGAAAUUUUGAUGUGAAGCAGAUCUUCUCAUUAUAAGUGGAUUAAGUUCCCUUAGGGACAUGGGCUGAAUCCUUACUAGUAGACUGAAGCUGGAAAUCUGUUAAACUGUGGCUAAUGGAAACCCCACCAAGUUUGCUGCUGGUCCCUCACCUUUUUUGGAUUAUGUUUACUUUAAAAGCUACAUUAAAAAUAGAUACUUCAUGUUGAAGAAAUGGAUUGACAUAGUUGGCCAAGAUUACUGUUACAUAAAUUCUGAGGACCUUGUAGGAUUUGGCAGUUGGUGGCAUUAUAUGUAAAAAAACCUGGGUGAAUUUUGGACCAUGAAACAUGCCAUACCAAGAUGGAACAUUUUUUUAAAGGAUGGACCUAUUUAUACAUUUUCAAUUUGCAAGUAUUUAUUAUAUAUAUUUAUUUAUUAAAGAGUUUAUUUUUUACUGGUAUAUGAAGAUAAUACAAAGAGAAAAAGAACAAAAAAUUCUUGAUUGUGCCAUUACUUUGUUGUGAUGUCUUGGGCUGUAAGGAAGACAUCCUUAUUGCAACACACUAAACAUAGGAUAAGAUCUUGACUUUCUUUUUAAAAGUAAAAAUAUAGCAUAGAUUAUAUUUUUUUGCAGUUACCUUCUAAAUGUAACCUUGGUUCCUUUGGCCUGGAAAAAUACUUUGUCAAUUUGAAUUGAAUUCAAUACACAUUCAAAAGGGAAUUAAACGUUUUUAUUUUAUGUUUUGGUUUCAUUCCUUUUUAAGUGAAAAUUAUCCUACUUAUAUAACAUAUUUUCUAAGUGACAAAAUUCUAAUCUCCCUAGAGAAAAC